GGGAAAAUGGCGGAUACCUCGGGGCGUGGCGCUGGGAAAACAGCCUUGAUUCAGCCUCCGUGACCUUCCCUGAGUUCCAGUGGGCAGAUUCAAGCAGUUGGUAAUUAACGAAGGGAGAUGUUGCAUGAGACCUGGGAGAAACCCUCAAGAGCAGCCUUGGGGCAGGUCCUGUUUCCCCAGCAACAAUAUAAACAACAAUCUCUGAGCUAUUUUGCAGAAGCAGAAACGCCCUCCAGGAAGCCUUCUGCAGGGGGUGCCAGUACUACUAGUGGUGCUAGGACUAGGGGAAGAAGAAUACAAGGUGGAAGAGUGGUCGAGUCCCGGUACUUGCAGUAUGAAAAGAAAACCGCCAAAAAGACUCCUGCAGCAGAUGCAUUAAAGGCCAGUGGGAAGAUGCCUGAAGGUGGAAGAAAACCCAACCCACUCCAGAAGAGCAAAGACAGCAGUGGAAUUGGCAAAGGCGACCUGCAGUCCACCUUGCUGGAAGGGCACAGCACCGCCCCACCUGACUUGGAUCUCUCGACCAUCAAUGACAAAAGUGUCAUCCGAAAGACUCCGCAGUUAGAAAAAACGAUGUCUAAGAAAGCGGAGUCGUCGUCAUUUUCUGCCUCGAGGAAAAAGAGCCCAGAUCUCUCCGAAGCGAUGGAAAUGAUGGAAUCCCAAACACUACUCCUGACUCUGCUGACCGUGAAGCUGGAGAACGGUCUCGCCGCUUUCGAAGAAAAGGCAGAAAAGAAUUUAUUAACAAUGUGCAAAGAGAAGGAGAAGCUCCAGAAAGAUGCCCACGAGCUGAAGCGCAAAGUUCUCCUCUGUCAGAGGAAGCGGGAGCUGGCGGAUGUCUUGGAUGCACAGAUCGAGAUGUUGAGCCCCUGCGAGGCCUUGGCCGGCCGCUUUAAGGAACAAUACAAGACGUUCGCGACGGCCCUGGACACCACGAGGCACGAACUGCCUGUGAGAUCGGUGCACCUGGAUGGAGACGGACAGCACUUCUUGGACGCGUUGCAGCAGGAAUUGACGACCACCUGCCAUCUGCUGGGAGAACUUGGCAUCAGCAGCUCAGAAGAAAACUCGAAGGCAUUGGAUCUGCUAAGGGAACUCAAGGAAGUGAUCCAGAAGAAGGAUCUGGAGCUCCGAAGGAGCUUCGCCCAGGUUCUGGAACUCUCCGCCGAGGCGAGUAAAGAGGCAGCCUUGUUAAACCAGGAGGCCUGGGAAAAGGCCCAGGGCCCCGAGGCCCCCAGCCGGUGGUAUUUCAAUCCCGAAGAGGCCACGGGUGGGGAAACUCAGGGAGAGCUCAGAAGCCUGCUCCCCUUGCACCACGACGAGCCGUGAAUCCACACACAGACCAUGUCCCCAGCCCAGGCGGGGACCUUCCUGCACACCGUGGGGAAGAAAGCACGUCCUGUCCACCUUGUUCGGUGAGGAUGGGGGGUGACCUGCAGUGACCCACAUGUGGUGUUCUGGAAACUUGAGCACUUUAUCUACUUAGCCUAGCCGUAUAGUUAUUUUUGUUUGGUACUUUAACAAAUAAAACUGUUUUGC